AUGACAUUUGUGUUGUUGGGCAUCCCAGGACUGGAACACCUCCACGUCUGGAUUGGGAUUCCAUUUUGCUCCAUGUACAUGGUGGCUGUGGUGGGGAAUGUGAUUAUCCUGGCUGUGGUGAGGGCAGAGCGAAGCCUACAUGAGCCAAUGUUUCUGUUUCUGUGCAUGCUGUCUGUCACUGACUUGGUCCUCUCCACAUCUACGCUACCACGCAUGCUCUGUCUAUUCUGGUUUGGAGCCCAUGACAUUGCCUUUGAUGCAUGCCUAACCCAAAUGUUCUUCAUUCACAGCUUUACUGCCAUGGAAUCGGGUUUCUUCCUAGCAAUGGCCAUUGAUCGUUAUGUGGCUAUCUGUGACCCACUGCGCCACACCACCAUUCUCACCAAUACUCGCAUUGCCAAAAUGGGAGCUGCUGUGGUCCUACGAGGAGUGGCCUUCUUUUGCCCACACCCCAUUCUGCUCAAGCAGUUGCCCUAUUGCAAGAGUCGAAUCAUUGCCCACACUUACUGUGAAUUCAUGGCUGUGAUAAAGUUGGCAUGUGUGGACACAGGAGCUACCAAGCGCUACAGCCUCAGUGUGGCCUCCGUAAUUGGUUCCUGUGAUGGAUUUUUCAUUGCUGUCUCUUAUGUCCUAAUCCUCCGCGCAGUCUUUCGUCUGCCGUCACGGGAAGCCAGCCUUAAAGCUCUGGGCACGUGUGGCUCUCAUGUCUGUGUCAUCCUCGUUUUCUACUCUACAGCUGUCUUUACCUUCCUCACCCACCGCUUUGGCCACAAUGUGGCUCCCCAAAUUCAUAUCUUCAUUGCCAAUAUGUACCUUUUGGUGCCUCCUUUUCUAAAUCCCAUUGUUUAUGGGAUUAGGACCAAAAAAAUUCGAGACCAUGUACUUAGUUCUUUAAGGGUAAAGCUUGCCUGA